UUCAAGGACUGGAUCAUGAACAACUUCAUCCUCCUGGAAGAACAGCUUAUCAAGAAAUCCCAACAAAAGAGAAGAACUUCUCCUUCGAACUUUAAAGUUCGAUUCUUUGUUUUAACCAAAACCAGCCUGGCAUACUUUGAGGACCGUCAUGGGAAAAAGCGCACUUUGAAGGGCUCCAUUGAACUUUCCCGAAUCAAAUGUGUCGAGAUUGUGAAAAGUGACAUUAUCAUCCCAUGCCACUAUAAAUAUCCAUUUCAGGUUGUGCAUGACAACUACCUCCUAUAUGUGUUCGCUCCAGAUCGCGAGAGCCGGCAGCGCUGGGUGCUGGCCCUUAAAGAAGAAACCAGGAAUAACAACAGUUUGGUGCCCAAGUAUCAUCCUAAUUUCUGGAUGGACGGGAGAUGGAGAUGCUGUGCUCAACUGGAGAAGCUUGCUGUGGGCUGUGCCCAGUAUGAUCCCACCAAGAAUGCUUCAAAGAAGCCUCUUCCUCCUACUCCUGAAGACAACAGGCAGUUACUUCGGGAACCUGAAGAAACCUUGGUCAUUGCCUUGUAUGACUACCAAACGAAUGAUCCACAGGAACUCACGCUACAACGCAAUGAGGAGUAUUACCUGCUGGACAGUUCCGAGAUUCACUGGUGGAGAGUUCAGGACAGGAAUGGGCAUGAAGGAUACGUACCAAGCAGUUAUCUGGUGGAAAAGUCUCCAAAUAACCUGGAAACCUAUGAGUGGUACAAUAAGAGUAUCAGCCGAGACAAAGCUGAGAAACUUCUUUUGGACACAGGCAAAGAAGGAGCCUUCAUGGUACGAGAUUCCAGGACUCCAGGGACAUACACUGUGUCUGUUUUCACCAAGGCCAUCGUAAGUGAGAACAACCCCUGUAUAAAGCACUAUCACAUCAAAGAAACAAAUGACAACCCCAAGCGAUAUUACGUGGCUGAAAAGUACGUGUUUGAUUCCAUCCCUCUCCUCGUCAAUUAUCACCAACACAAUGGAGGAGGCCUAGUCACUAGACUCCGGUAUCCAGUUAGUUCCUGGAGGCAGAAAGCCCCGGUCACGGCAGGGCUGAGAUAUGGGAAAUGGGUGAUUGAUCCCUCAGAGCUCACUUUUGUGCAGGAGAUUGGUAGCGGGCAGUUUGGGUUGGUGCAUCUUGGCUACUGGCUCAACAGGGACAAGGUGGCCAUCAAAACCAUUCAGGAAGGAGCUAUGUCAGAAGAGGACUUCAUCGAGGAGGCUGAAGUCAUGAUGAAACUCUCUCACCCCAAACUGGUCCAGCUCUAUGGAGUGUGCCUGGAGCAAGCCCCCAUCUGCCUGGUGUUUGAGUUCAUGGAACACGGCUGCCUGUCAGAUUAUCUGCGCAGCCAGCGGGGGCUCUUUGCUGCAGAGACCCUGCUGGGCAUGUGCCUGGACGUGUGUGAGGGCAUGGCCUACCUGGAAGAGGCAUGUGUCAUCCACAGAGACCUGGCUGCCCGGAAUUGUUUGGUUGGAGAAAACCAAGUCAUCAAGGUGUCCGACUUUGGGAUGACAAGGUUCGUCCUUGAUGACCAGUACACCAGUUCCUCAGGCACCAAAUUCCCGGUGAAGUGGGCGUCCCCGGAAGUCUUCUCUUUCAGUCGCUAUAGCAGCAAGUCGGAUGUGUGGUCAUUUGGUGUGCUGAUGUGGGAAGUCUUCAGUGAAGGCAAAAUCCCGUAUGAGAACCGAAGCAACUCAGAGGUGGUGGAAGACAUCACCACUGGAUUUCGGUUAUACAAGCCUCGACUGGCCUCCUCGCAUAUCUACCAGAUCAUGAAUCAUUGCUGGAAAGAGAAACCAGAAGACCGGCCACCUUUCUCCAGACUCUUGAGUCAACUGGCUGAAAUCGCAGAAUCGGGACUUUAAAAGAGAC